AUGUGUUCUGUCUACUUACUCAUCAAGGUAUCUUCAAGAUGCAAAACGAAGAGGGUCAGCUCUGCUACGAAUCGGAUGAUCACAUCAAAGGAUCAUGCCUCUGUGCAAUUGAACAUUGGUCAUUUAGAUGCUGAUGGCAUCUACACCGGACAAUUCACAACCUUAGCUCUCUGCGGUUUUGUUCGUGCUCAGAUAUAA